CACAACAUGGCACCUGCCAGCCGGGCUGUUGUUGUACUAGCGCUCUCACUACUCUUACUAUGCCGGGCAAUUUUUUCCACCGAGUAUUUCUCCACUCUCACUUUCUUCAACAGCGAGUUGCACAAACAUGGCUGCAGCUCGCCCUCCGAGUGGGAAGAAUACACGGCCGACUGCGAGUCGUCCAUUUUACAGCUGGAAGACCCAGACUGUGAAGAAGGAAGCAACCCCCCCUGUGAGUCAGUGUACUCACUUAACGCAGAGAAGAUCCUGAACCAAGCCAAGUUGUUUAUAGAACAGAAGAAAUUUCCUUUCCCUGUAGAUAACCACAACACAAACGAAGAGCUUGCCAUUGGCUAUGUUCUCAUAGGCAACGGCCUUUAUGAUGAAGCCAUCAAACACUUCUCAGUUUUACUGCAGGGUGACCCAGAGCUGGUCAGUGCCAUCUAUGGGAGAGGGAUAGCUUAUGGGAAGAAAAGUUUACAGGAUAUAAAGAAUGCUGACUUGGCACUGUACGAACUCAGCCGAGUCAUCACCCUGGAGCCCAACUGGCCAGAAGUGUACGAACAGAGAGCAGAGAUCCUGUCUCCACUGGGUCGUAUCAGUGAGGCUCUUGGUGACCUGACAAAAGCCAUCCAGCUGCAACCUUCAGCUCGUCUUUACAGACACAGGGGAACUCUGCUCUUCAUAUCAGAGGACUAUGUGGCUGCUAUGGAGGACUUCCAGCAGUCUUUGGACCUCAAGAAGAACCAGCCUAUCGCUAUGCUGUAUAAAGGUCUCACCUUCUUCCACAGAGGAAUGUUGAAGGAAGCUAUCGACACGUUCAAAGAGGCUCUCAAGUUGAAGUCUGACUUUAUAGAUGCCUAUAAAAGCCUAGGACAGGCUUACAGAGAGUUAGGUGAUUUUGAGGCAGCGAUGGAGAGUUUCCAGAAAGCUCUAAUGUUAAACCAGAACCACAUCCAGUCUCUCCAGCUCCGAGGCAUGAUGCUCUACCAUCAUGGCUCCCUGCAGGAGGCUAUCGGCAACUUCAAGAGGUGCCUGCAGCUGGAGCCUUACAACGAGGUGUGUCAGUACAUGAAGGGGUUAAGUCAUGUGGCCAUGGGACAGUUCUAUGAAGGCAUCAAAGCUCAGACCAAGGUCAUGUUGAAUGAUCCUCUGCUGGGACAGAAAGCCAGCUCUGAAUACCUCAAAGUAAAAUACCUCAGAGAGUACUCUCGCUACCUUCACUCCCACCUGGACGUCCCAGUAGCAGAAUACAAUGUGGACCAGGAUUUACCAGGCAACUUCAAGAAUCACUGGGCCAAGAACCUUCCUUUUCUAAUCGAGGACUAUGAAGAACAGCCAGGCCUGCAGCCACAUAUCAAGGAUGUGCUCCCACAGAACUUCGACAGCUACAGCAGUGAGGUCCAGAAGUUGAUCUGCACUGCGGACCAUCUGGGGGCACUAAUGCAAUACAACACACCUGGCUUCUUGCCAAAUAAAAGAAUACACAGAGCCAUGGGCUUAGCCACCCUUGAGGUCAUGCAGGCCAUGCACAGGACAUGGAGCAACUCCAAGGUGCGAGUCAACGGCAAGACCAGGCAGAUGCAGUGGAGAGACAUGUUUGACAUAGCUGUGAAAUGGAGGAGGAUCGCAGAUCCAGACCAGCCAGUUCUGUGGUUAGAUCAAAUGCCCGCCAGGAGUCUCAGUCGUGGCUUCAACAAUCACAUCAACCUCAUCAGGGGACAGAUCAUCAACAUCAGAUACCUGGCCUACUUUGACAACAUCCUGGACUUCAUCAAAGACAGAAUACUGGUGUACCACGGGGCCUACAACCCCAGGGGCCUGCUGGAGGUCCGACAGGCUCUAGAAAAUGUAAAUAAAGUGGAAGAUCUGCUUCCUAUAAUGAAGCAGUUCAACAGUAAAACCAGGGAUGGCUUCACGGUCAACUCCAAGGUGCCCAGCAUGAAGGAUCCUGGGAAAGAGUAUGAUGGCUUCACCAUCACCAUCACAGGAGAUAGGGUGGGGAACAUGCUGUUCUCAGUAGAGACCCAGACCACAGAGGAGCGGACCCAGCAGUACCAGUCAGAGAUCGAGUCCAUCUAUAAAGACCUCACCGCCAAAGGAAAGGCCCUGAUGCUGUCCACUGAACUAGGGGAUGCAGAUGCUGUGUGUAACCUGAUCCUCUCCCUGGUUUACUACUUCUGUAACCUCAUGCCUCUUUCUAGAGGAUCCAGUGUGGUGGCCUACUCAGUAGUGAUGGGAGCUCUGAUGGCCAGUGGGAAGGAGGUCAUCGGCAGGAUCCCUAAAGGAAAGCUGGUGGACUUUGAGGCCAUGACUACGCCCAGUCCCGACAGCUUCAGUAAAACAGCAAAGAGCUGGAUGAACCUCAAGAGUUUACCAAGUUGGUACCAGACUCUUCCGUCAGUAGCAGAGACCUUCCCUUCCACCAGAACAAUGAUUGAGGUCCUCAAUACAGACUCGUCCUCGCACUGUCCAAAGAAGUCCUAACACACUUCUUUGCAGGACAGAAGUCUGUCUAAUAAAGUCUUAAUGGAGCUUCUACACUGGGCAGAACCAAGGGACCAUCAACUUCUACAUCCCAAACCAACCUUGACUGACUUCUCCAAAAGCAUCGUGGCAUAUUAGAUCAUCUGGGCUUCUUUCAUUAUUUUUGUCAUCUGUACAUGGAGAAAGCUCAUUCUAAUGCUGCUGAUGCUUUUGGCCCAACAAGGCAGUCGGGGCCCCUGCUGUGCAUGAGGGCAGAGGUGAGAGGAAAUGUUCUUGGGUUAAAUUGAAAAGAUCAGUUCUAAUAGUUGUUUCGUUUAAGAGAUUGACGGUAUUAUUAAUUUGGCUUGGCACAGGCCAUGAUGAGGUUGAGCCUGUUGACCCUCUUCAUCCUCUCAGAUCUGGCCCCAGUAGCUACAUCACUCUGUCAUCCUGUUACUGCUGAAGUUGGGAGAGUUACACCAGCUCUGUGAUUUGAUAUGCAGCGCAGGUUCGUGUUGUCACAAAACCAGAUUGUUGACUUGGAUACCACUGCUUUUUGGUAUCAAAAUUUAGUGUUUAAAAAGUUAAAUACCACUACUAGAACAACCACUUAGAUCCCCAAAGAUACUUGUGUUGCCACAUUUAACCUGCGCAGCUUUUCAGUAACUUACGCACAAGGUUUUUUAUGGCGAUUGAAUGCAGGGUUGCAGGUUAACUCUUUGGUUCACCUGUCAGCCACUUGGAUUGUCUACCACUUACAACAUGCGUUUUUUUUUCCCCGUUGGACGAUCCUAAAUCCAGGUCCUGUAAAAGGUGUUUGGACGCAGCCUCAUUUAAACACAAGAAUUAUUAUUUUUUGUGCAUUUUUGUCCAAGGGUCAGUUGCUCCCAGUGUUUUGCCCUCGUGGCAAAUGAACUACCCCUUGUCUGAGACAUCAGUUCAGCCAAGUGAACAUUACGUCUUCAUGUUAUGUUCUUUUCCCCUCAUCUUUUUGCCACCUUUCAUUAAAUAAUCUGUUUUUUAGGCAUUUUUUGCUUUUUUUUUUAUUGCUGUUUUGUGGCUUCAGUAGGCCCUUUGAUGCUGGUUAGCCAUAGAACAGCUGCCUAUUUCUUUUAGCUCACCACUGUAUCUGGUGCAGUAACAAAAUGUGCCCACUAUUUUGCAUAUUUACCCACAUUUGGCAGGUGGAGGUGUUAAUUUGCCACCCUUGCUGGGAGUUUGACUCUCGUCUCUGUAAGUGUAAUGGUUCCAUAUUUGGCACUGGUUUGUCAAGCAUUUGCGUUGAGGUGGACUGGGUUCCAGUUGAACACUUGGUGGACUGUUGGAUGCUUGUUGCCAUAGUUUCAGCUGUUUGACUAGUGGCACGCUGACAUGGAAUUUAAGCAUACAAAUCACAUUUGGUAAAUAUACUGAACGUUUAUAAAAGUCUCGACUGAACUAAUUUCACAGGAUCAUCAAAGCACUGCAGAAAUUUGGUUGUCGUGACAGCACAGCUAGUGUAAAAGUCCAGACUCCAGCUGACAGGAAAACUGAGUGUUGUGUAUAUUGGUUUGGGAUGCAGAAGGGAUGCUGUCUCCACCCCCACCCCCUCUUUCUCUGCUCAUAGGCCUUCAGGCCAUCAUGCCCAACACACAAAGCACAAAGUCCAUCUCUUAGUCACGCCUAAAUCCUAGAAUCUGAGCUUUUUACACAUGUUUCAUUUCAACUUUCCCCAUUAACAUGUAAAGAAAAUUGUACACAGAUAUUAAUUUAUCAAGAGGCUCUUCACAGCCCCUCAGCCACCGACACGUUCUGGUGGUACUCUCUGGUGUCUAAAAUGUUUUAUUUAACAUUCAUGAAUGUAAUUGGCACUUUAAACUUGAUUGGCUUCUUUUAACCACCACCACCUCCACCCUUAUAUACACACACUCACACACAUACACACAUGCACACACACACACACACACAGAGUCCAGUCUAUUAGCAGAGAAGGAGAACAGGGAUUUUAAUGAUAUGAAACAAAACUUUCAGGGCUAUUCUAUUCCACUUGGGAUACUUGAACAUAUAAUGGAUUUUUUUUUUAUAUUAUUUGUUGAUGUGAGGGGAGUGUCACUCCUCUCAGUGGGCAUUAACCCACUCAGUUUUAACCUGACCAGUAAUGGGUUGGUAUAAACAGCCGGGCUGCUGAACUCGGUUAGCAAGAGAACGGACACAGAUGUUAGAGAAGCAUCAUUCAGUCCAGAGCCUCCACACUGACAGCUCCUUGUCAGUUUACAUACUGGACAAUCCUCAGCAAAACAAAAAACUGGGCUUUGUUCCACAUAAAAGAAGAGAAAAAACAGUUUGGAUUUUCUGUAGCCUCGUAGGGAUUACUCUUGAAAUCCUUGAUUUGACCUGAAGCUACAGUGGCUGCCUUGUUUACAUUGCCGGGCCAGCUAACUUAAGUCUAAUCCCUCCUGUUUGUUUCCUCCAUCCUCAUCUGUGAAGAAAAGGCGCAUCAAUUAACCUAAUUUAUGCAUUAUCAAAUAUUUCCAUGACUACUUGUGUUCACAGAACACACAAGUGGUAGUAAUGUGAACUCUUUUAAAGCAUCAACAGGGUUAUUCAUGGAUUUGGCAUGACAUCACUGAGUGUAAACCAUUUUUGGAGUGCCAUGCCAUGGAAUAUAAUGUAUAUGUUCAUGUACAUAUACAUCAAAAUGUAACGCAUCUUCUGCUGAAUGUAACAAUGUCAGGGUCGAAGCAGUGUCACUUUUAGUUUUUACACUACGAGCCUCAAAAAUAUGGCUUCACCAUGACCAUGACAGGCUUUUCCAGUGGACACUAGCUUUAAACGUCUCUUUUUGUGUUCAUUCCCACAGUUUGAAUCAGCCACACAUGUUACAUAGCAAACUGUUCAGCGUCUUCUGCUGAAUCUAACUAUAUCAUGUUACAAGCAGUUGUUUACUUUUUAAGUUAUACUGCUUGGAAGUCAUCAGCAUCAUGUUCAGCACAGGUUUUGCCAACAGCAACCACCUAUAAACAAUUCAGCAAACACAGCAUUGUCGAAUUUUCUUCAGAAAGCUUAGCCAUUUCUGGAUGUUUCUCACCGACAGUGGGGUACAUGAUUUUGUUGUGGUUUGCCAUCACCAUCUAGCCUAGUGUUUGUCCCAAAUAUGGUGCCCAAAAUACAAGUGAUGUCAGAGAAAUCCAUGAACACUGUAGUAGUUUAAAGACAAUCGGUUCCUCAUUUCUAUGCAAAUUCAGGCAACAAGGUGUUCCAAUCUAAUCAGACUAUCUGCUCUAUAGAGAAUACAUGUGGUUUAAGUCGCCUCUGUCCUACAUGCUAAGGACGAUGGUGGCAGCACUUGAACCAUAUCAAGACUUAAGAUUAUUAAUUUAUUCGAUUAUUAUUAAGGUUUUUCACUUUUGGAGAAUUGGAGCUGCGCUGAGUUUUUCCUCUUGUUGAUCUGAGUUAGAGAGUAAAUGCAUGCAGAUUGGUGAUCUCUGUAGUCCUCCUCUCAGAAUCACAGAGGGAUACCAUGCCUUUUUAAAAUUCGGUUGUUUCUUUUGACCAGGCUCUAGUCACAUAGUUGGCAAAGGAGAGAUUUAAAGUCGCUGCUAGUUUUCUUGUCACUAUGGAGUUUUGAAGAAUGGGAUUGCUGCACAUUAGAAGUAUAACUGCGGCUCAUGACUGUCUGGCUGCCUCUCUGACAUCUGUUUGGGUGUGUACAGGAUUCCUUAUGGCUGGGGGAAAAUACACUGCAUUUCCCACUGGUAUCAUUCCUUUGGCUUGGAAUAGCAUCUUUGACUUUUCCAUUUCCUUUCUUUGGAUUUUCACAUUAUCUUGUGGAUCUCUUUUUAUUAAUUUGUCUGAGCCCUAUUUGAACACACCUUGGAAUAAUUUAUUCAGGAGCUCAUAUCCUUCCAAAGGUCUUAAUCACAAAAUACAGUCUGUAUGUAUUGUCAUACCCCUGUGCGUAUUUAUUUCGAUUUAUCUCAUGAAGGAUAUGAGUUUCUGGAUUGUUGUAAGAGGGAUAUGAUGUUUACAUGCACAUGAACAGAGACUUAUGUAUCAGAUGUUGAAGAAGUACUGUUGUGUAUGUCAAAGUGACUAUUGGUUUGUUAAAGACUCAUCAAGCUGGCUAUAAGCACAAAAUCAAGACAGCCCCAGGCCAGCCACUUGGUUAGUGGAGCUAACAUUUAGCUGGAAUGGCCUGCGAAGUAUUCAUUCUUUUGAACAAAUUUUAGCUGCCUAUUUUUUAACUGUGAAUGGUGUGAUUCUGAGGCCUUUGAAAGUCAGUGCUGCAGUAGUCCAAACAGAAUGUCCAGUGAACCAGUUCAGCCUGUAAAUUAAGGACGCCCUCCCCCCCGGUAAAAGACAAAUUGUGCUCUUCAAUGGCAAGUCUUUAUUACAACAUCAUUUCUGGCAGGACAACAGUCGGGGUCGGACCGUUGUUAGCUUUUUAUCACCUUACUUACACAUAUCUAUGAUUGUGCUGACUGGUUGUCUGUCAUUUCCUUUUCUUCCUGGGUGAGCCAGUCAUUUUUAAGUGCUGGGGUUGGCUUUUAAACAGUGGGUGGACAUCCCAACUGAAAGUUUCAAACUUGAAGCAAGAGGGAAUUUUUAUUGAAUGGGAAUGUUCAGCAGUGAAUAAAAGUGGUUGACAAUUUUAAA